AUGAUCUUGGGUAGAGUUCCAAUACCCAUCUAUCUUCUUUGUAGUGACGGCACCAUCAUUGAUUCUUCAGGGUGCAACAUCCCGACAAGUGGUUCAGAGCCUCCGGCGAGGUAUAGACGCUCCAUUCCCACCGGCAAGAAUGUCGCGCAGCUAUUCAAAGAGCCCGAGAAGAUUGAGAAGAAGGCGGCCUUGAAACCUAGCUUGAUGGGAGAUGUAGGCUCUCUUGGCUCCGUACAAAUACCGCUCGACAGACCCGGGUUGGUCCCAGAUUUGUUGACUCCACAGACAAGUCUUGAAUUCAACUACAUCAACGGUUUUUGGUGUGGUCCGAAGUGUGAAACGGCUGCCAUCAGCUUUUCCGAAGAUUUCUUGAGACGCAGUGACAUCCUUCGGAAACUUGUCUACCAGGUUACAAUGGAGGGGUUUGGGGAUCCAAUGGCCAGGAUCUAUGAAAGACGGAUCGACGCGCGGAUUGGGCGUGACCGCAUGAGCCAUCAUCAAUAUAUCUACCACGAAUUGCUGGACGACCUUAGGACUGACCAGGCUUGUGAAUUCUUGCUGAGAGAUGUUAAUUUCAUAAACUGGUAUCAAGCCCUAGAUUCCCAACAGUUGGUGAUAGUCGGGGACGUGGGUGUUGGGAAGACAUUUGCAAUGGCAUAUCUUAUAGACGAGCUGAGUCGAAGACGUGAGCAUUGGCGGCCUCGACCCGUUAUAUGCUAUUACUAUUUCCGAGCCGGCAAGUCUCGCCGGCUCGCCAAAAUUUACUGGAUCUUGAUCCUGUCGCUCCUAGAACAGCUCCCGGGUCUGAGAGAAGCGUUCGUCGAAUGGUAUAAGCAGGCUGAAGAUUCCGGACAUCUCGACCCAGAGUAUAGUACGACAAAGCUGAAGGAGUUUUUCCAACUCGCGCUGGGAACACUCGAUCGCCGACUUUACAUCGUUAUCGAUGGCCUGGAUCAGUGCGACGAAGUAUCUCGAAACGAUCUUCUCGGGUUGCUGGAAACCUUGUCCCAGAAGACUCCGAAGCUCAGAACUAUUCUGUCAACCCGCCCCAAGGAAGACAUUCUCCAGCGACUGGGCGAAACGGCCAGGAUCGAACUGAGUCCUGACGCUAAGCGAGAUCGGCUUAUCGCCGAGAAGAUAGUUGAGACAGAGCUGUCCCAUCUGUCCAGUGAGGUCCAAACAUUUGUCAUAGAGUGGCUUUCUUGGAUGGCACAAGGAAGCGGAAUCUGGAUAAGAAUGGUAGUUGAGGACAUUCAAGCCACUUCAGUUAGGACGCUAGGUUCCAUGCGAUCCCUGUUGGAAGAACUAACGCUGCUGCCGUGGGGUCUCUCGAAGUUCUACGUCGCUUUACUUUCACAGUGCACCUCAGAUGAUCCCGAAAACAGGAAGAUGGUGAAGAUGGCAUUGAAGAUUCUCGCCUUCGCCCGCCGACCCCUUAGCAUCCUAGAACUUGCCUGGGCCGUUGCUGUUGGCGAGGCGCCACAGGAAGUUACUACUGUGGCAAGCCUUGCUAAGUGGGUCGGCCACGAAAGAGUGAUGGCACUUAUCUAUCCGUUCGUUUCCCGCGUCGAUUUCAGCGACCUAAAGAGGCGCCAAGUUCAGCUCGUGCACCCGUCGGUGAAGGAGUUCGUCAUAAAUGAAUUUGAUUUGAGCCGGCAUCCAAGAGCACUAAUACCCCGGGAUGCAGCAAGACAGCCACUUCUUGAUCGACGAAUCGAGAAUCUGGAGGCGUUUAUCAUGGGCAUCUGUAUCAGGUAUCUUCUGCUCGAGGAGGUUAACAAAACCGAUUUAUUUUCUGAAGAGCAGGCUGCAAUCCAAGAGCUACCUCAAGAAACCGACUUGUUCGAUGAUGCCGGAGAGCCGGUCGAAUACGACCGGCAUUGUACUUGGGAAACCUGGGAAAAAGACAUGACCCGCUAUGAUCCAGCAGAUCGUGGAUUCGGUGAAUUUUUUGCUUAUGCGUCAUGCCAUUGGAUCGAGCACUUCGGUGCCAUCUCGACGGAAAAUCGUCUUCCAGGUUUGGCGGUAGACGUAGAGCGCCUUUGCCAGGCCGACUCGACCCGGCUUCAUAACUGGAUCAAGCAAAAUUGCCGCCCAGACUGUACAAUCCAGCCCAGGUUUCCAUUCGAUAGCACUCUAUACGAUCCACUGAGCAUCACCUCGCUCUACGGCUCACAAGCUAUGCUACGCUAUAUGGUCAAGAACUCAGACCUCCACAAGGGCGAGUUCCUUCCAGAAUCCGCUAUGCGCGCCGCUGAUCAAAUCCUCCAUUGGGGCGAUUUGGAGAGACUGAAGAUACUCUUAGAGGGUACGGGGAAUCAGUUUCGACGGCUUGACUUUUUCCGCCUCAUCAUGAGGCGAUGGUUUUAUAGCGGUCCAUAUCAGUGCAACUGGGAACCAGCAUUCCUCCUUGUCCAUCGUGUGACGGAUACAUUGGUUGAAGAGAAAUGGGGGAAUGAGCUCCUAUGUUUAGCUUCCAACCUCGGCUGCAUGCCCAUGAUCCGCGAGUUGAUGAGCAAUGCUCGACUUGAUGUGGAGCUGAGGACUGAAUUGCUGCGCGGGGAUCAACGUGAACGACAACUUCUACCCAUUGGAAAAUCAGUGCACCAAUCAAUUGGAGAGGCUGUCUUGGGAAACCACACCGAUGUGGUGGAAUUCCUGUUAGCAGAGGAGGGAAUCGAAGAACAUCUCCGACACAUCAACGCGCGUGGAGAAAACGUUCUGCAUCUAGCGGCGAAGACGCAUAACCCAGCCGUGUUCCGCCUUUUAGUUCCCCGUUUCCCGGAAGGGGUGCAUCAAAUGGACAAACUCGGAGACACUCCCCUUACGCAGUUGAUAAAGACCCCUUCACCCUGGGAUGAUCGGUAUGAAUGCGCCAGGGUAUUGCUCUCGCAAGGCGGCGGCGAUGGGGCUGGCUAUCCUGGGGACGAGGAGCAGUCGCCUCUGCGGGUAGCCGUGCGGGUCGGUGAUUGGUUUAUGUGCCACCUCUUGCUCACCAUUGGCAAGAUGGAUCCGCUCUCAGCCCUGGCGGUUGGCGAAGACGGACAGAUGGCCUUGAAAGAUGAGUGCACCAGCGAGUACAAGACACGUAUCUUGGCAUUCCUUUGCCGACACGCUGAGAAAGCGACGUCGACGUCGGCGUCGACGUCGGCCAAAUAA